ACAGGUUUGUUUACAGACUCCUGCGAUGAGCAAAAAGCCCUGGAGAUGAUUUUCUAAAGGACCCAUUCAUCAGGGAGCUGGGAGUUUCAUUCGGGGAGCCCUCAUCUUUAAAUUGAGGGCAAGGAUUAGGAUGCAGAGUGGAGAGCUGAGGACAAAACAUCCCUCACAGAGGGUUUCAGUCGCUGCCAGCGGCACCGCGGAGCCGGAGGGUUCUCUGAGCGUUCUGUGAGCGCACUCAGACGACCAGCCGCGCUUUCAAACUUUCACUGCACAUCUGUGCAUCCCUGCYUGGGCUCGGCAGCGAGCCAAGGGCUGAAUUCCUGCGAGUCCGUGCAGCUCCCACACGUCCCCAGCGCUAGGACCCAGAGGGAGCUGGAUCGCCGUGAGUCAGAGCGGCGCGGAGCYCUGCGAGCGCUGAAUGAGGCUGCACCGGCAGAGGGGAUGUGAAUGGCUCUGCGGGCUGGGCACAGGGGCCAAAGAGCGGGGUGCCACGGAGCCCAGAGCAGCCUGGACACCCCUCGGGAGCAGCAGAGCCCCCGGGCAGCAGCGCUCCGGCUCUGAGUGACCCACGGCACAGGCAGCUGGCAGGCUCAGCACGGCCCCAUGGCCAGGGGCAGCCCAGCCCGCCUCAGCUCUGGAUGAAGUAAGGACCUGGCUGGGGGAGCAGCUCUUUGUGCAGUCCGCUCUGAGGUCAUAACGUAAUGCCCAUGCUGUUCUACACUCUGACUGUAGCUUUUUUGAUCGGCACACAGGCAGCUCCCAAGGCAGAGGAAAAUGCUCCACUGGAGUAUCCCGCACAACACUCCCUGCUCAAUACCCGGAGCGAGCGACRCCACCUCGCCCAGGCAGCCCCGCAGACAUCCCACGGCCACGCCACGUGGAGCACCGGCGGGAGAGAAGCCCUAAACAUCACCGUGGACCCCAAACUUUUUAGGAAGCGGCGUUUCCGGUCGCCUCGGGUGAUGUUCAGCACGCAGCCCCCGCCGGUGGCCGGGCAGGGGCGGAAUUUGGGAUUUCUCAGCGGAGCGGAGGCUCUCAACAGGACUGCCAGGAGCAGGAGGAGCGCGCACCCCGUGCUGCACCGCGGCGAGUUCUCGGUGUGCGACAGCGUCAGCAUGUGGGUCGGGGACAAAACCACGGCCACCGACAUCAAGGGCAAGGAGGUGACGGUGCUGGACGAGGUCAACAUCAACAACAACGUCUUCAAGCAGUACUUUUUCGAGACCAAGUGCAGGGACCCCAAGCCGGUGUCGGGCGGGUGCCGCGGCAUCGACGCCAAGCACUGGAACUCGUACUGCACCACCACCCACACCUUCGUCAAGGCCCUGACCAUGGAGGGCAAGCAGGCGGCCUGGAGGUUCAUCCGCAUCGACACCGCCUGCGUCUGUGUCCUCAGCAGGAAGGCGGCGCGGCCCUGAGCCCGCCCGGCACCCUCCGACCCCCCUACCUCAGCCUGUAAAUUAUUUUAAGUUAUAAAGGACUGCAUGGUAUAUUUAUAGUUUAUACAGUACAGAAAGAACCUCAUUAUUUAUUAAACUCUUUUGGAAACCUUGGGUGCUUUGUGAGUUAUU